AUGAAUAAAACCGAUAAACCAAGAGUCCUCAUUGUGGGUGCAGGCCUGGCAGGUCUCUUCCUUGGCGGCCUUUUGGAGAGGAGCGAUGUUCCGUACACCAUAUUUGAACGUGCAGCCUCUGUUAAGCCAGUCGGAUCUGGUAUGAUAGUGGGCCCUGCCCUUAUUCCCACCUUCCAGCAGCUUGGAAUCUAUGACGAUCUCCUUGCAAUCGGACUGAGGAUGGACCACUGCGUUUACUACAAGGAAUCGAUGGAGCCCUAUAAACCGACCGACGUCAACCUAGUCCACGAGUUCACUGGAUAUUACAACUACGUCGUGUCUCGACCCAAGCUGUACGAAAUCCUCCUCAAGCUGGUCCCCGCCCACAAGAUCCAGUAUGGGAAGCGUGUACUUAAAAUCGUCGAGGGGGAGGACAAGAUAAUGGUCUACACAUCCGACAAUGGCGUGAACGAGGGCGAUAUCGUUGUAGGAGCCGAUGGAGCUUACAGUGCAGUUCGGCAGAGGUUGUACGAGCAAUUGAAGGUCAAAGGAGAGCUACCCGAGUCGGACCAUGAGGAUCUCCCCUUCAGCACCACCUGUUUGGUUGGUCAGACCGAGUCUCUUGAUCCUGAAGAGUUCCCCAUUGUUAAGGAGCAGUACUGUCAGUUCCUCGCUAUGCUAGGAAAAGAUAAGCCAUUUACCGUAAGUAAAAAACAAGCUACAGUUCGAUUGAGGAAAAUAAUUGAAAAUCAGAAGGCGCUCACUCAUAAUGCUACCCCGUCGGUUUCUCUUUUAGUGGACAGUAAUGUCUACCUCAAGUAA